GUCUCGAGCCCGCCUCCUCUUUUCACGUGACCCCUCCUCUCCUCGCCCUCUCGGCUCCAUAUUGAAUUGGAAACUGAAGGAAACGAGCCUGGUCACAAAAUGGAGGUAUCCAGGCCUGAAGCAUGUAAAAGCAACUAGAAGAAAGGGAGAACCUGGCUGCCUCCAUUAGUAACUGCUACUGGAUAAGAGGCAGAGAGGAAACUCCAGACGGUAGCAUAACAGGUUAAAAGGAGCAACUGAGUUAGUGCAUCCUUCGAAAAUGUCUGGGAUCAAAGAGGAGAGAGAUAUUGAAGACUACAAGAGGAAAGGAAGAAGAUCUUCACAAGGCCAUGACCCAAAGGAGCCAGAACAGUUGAGAAAACUGUUCAUUGGAGGCCUGAGCUUUGAAACAACAGAUGAUAGCUUAAGAGAACAUUUUGAAAAAUGGGGCACGCUCACAGACUGUGUGGUGAUGAGAGACCCACAAACAAAACGUUCCAGAGGCUUUGGCUUUGUGACUUACUCUUGUGUGGAAGAGGUAGAUGCUGCAAUGAGUGCUCGACCACAUAAGGUUGAUGGGCGUGUGGUCGAGCCCAAGAGAGCAGUUUCUAGAGAAGAUUCUGUAAAGCCUGGAGCACACUUAACAGUAAAGAAAAUAUUUGUUGGUGGAAUUAAAGAAGAUACAGAAGAGUAUAAUUUAAGAGACUACUUUGAAAAAUAUGGCAAGAUUGAAACCAUAGAAGUCAUGGAAGACAGGCAGAGUGGAAAGAAAAGAGGAUUUGCUUUUGUAACUUUUGAUGAUCAUGAUACAGUUGAUAAAAUUGUUGUUCAAAAAUAUCAUACUAUAAAUGGACAUAAUUGUGAAGUGAAAAAAGCACUUUCCAAGCAAGAGAUGCAGACUGCUAGCUCACAGAGAGGUCGCGGGGGUGGCUCAGGCAACUUCAUGGGUCGUGGAAGUUUUGGAGGAGGAGGAGGUGGUGGUGGUGGUGGUGGAAAUUUCAGCCGAGGAGGAAGCUUUGGUGGCAGAGGAGGCUAUGGUGGCGGCAGCGGUGGUGGUGGGAGAAGUGGAAGCUUUGGGAGUGGCGAUGGAUAUAAUGGAUUUGGCGAUGGUGGGAACUAUGGAGGUGGCCCUGGUUACAGUAGUAGAGGGGGUUAUGGUGGUGGUGGAGGAGGACCAGGAUACGGAAACCCAGGUGGUGGAUAUGGUGGCGGCGGUGGUGGUGGUGGAGGAGGAGGUGGAUACGAUGGUUACAACGAAGGAGGAAAUUUUGGUGGCGGUAACUAUGGUGGCAGUGGAAACUAUAACGAUUUUGGCAAUUAUAGUGGGCAACAGCAGUCAAACUAUGGACCCAUGAAAGGAGGUGGCAGUUUUGGUGGCAGAAGCUCAGGCAGUCCCUAUGGUGGUAAAUAUAACUUUUUUUUUUUUUUUUUUUUUAGUCUGCAGUCGUGUUAG